AACUUCCACAAACUUCCAUUCCUAUCCCUUCUAACAAUAAGAUGGAGCUACCGUGAAGGGGCCGAGGUCUACCGUGGUGAUGACAUCUGCAAAAAGAAGUCCAUUCAAUUGCUCGAAGAGCUCAGCCUCCCCAAGGACCUGUUACCCCUUGUCGACAUCGAGGAGUUUGGCUACAACCGUGCUGCAGGAUUCAUGUGGCUGAUCCAGAAAAAGAAGAAGGAGCAUACAUUUAAGAAGAUCAAGCAGACGGUAUCGUAUGCUACCGAGGUGACGGCUUUCGUGGAGCACCACAAGAUGAAGAAGAUAACAGGGGUGAAGACGAAGGAGCUGUUGUUGUGGCUUUCUGUUGUUGAGGUGUAUAUUGAUGAUCCCUCGUCAGAGAAGAUCACUUUCAAGACUGGCACUGGACUGUCUGACAGCUUUCCGGUAUCUGCCUUCGAGCUCGAGUAGUCUGAGAGAGGGAAGAGGGUGGCGAGACUAGAGCUUGGUUGUUGCUCCUCUCUGAGCUGGAGAAUAAGAUUCAAGAAUACUCUUGGUCUGUUGAGAACAUUGCUAAGACUUCAGUUUCUCAUUUAUUGUUUAGUUAAUAUAUAGUUGUUGCUGUGUCAAAUAAAAGUUCAAUUAAUGGUCGUAUGGUGAUAUAUGUUUUCAGUAAGUCAUAUUGCUCAUUCAAAUUAAUGCUAUUUGAGUACUUUGGAUCUAUC